GUAAAGUUGACAUUUCCGAGAAAUGGGUUCCUCUAAGAAACACAAGGAUAAAGACCGAGAACACAAACACAAACGGCGUCGACAUCGCUCCCGUUCCCGAUCAAAGGAACGACACAGUAAACGAAAAGAAAGAAGAGAGAACAAACAUGACAAAAAUGAAGAACGCCACCAUGACGGAUAUUCUCAGUCCACAAUUAAAUCAACUGUUGAAAUACAAGAAGCAGCUUUUGAUGGACCAACGGGAGCUUCAGGAGGUUCCAGUCUUAGUGUUCAGGAGACAAAUCGUCUCCGUCUGAAACUUGGCCUGAAACCGUUAGAAGUACCAGGUUCUACAAAUGAUGAUGGCACAGAUGGUAAACCCAAAGAGCCAGAGGAUGUUCAUGCACCACCUGUCAACUGGGGUGAACAGAGAAAGACUGAAAGAAUGCGGGAAAAGUUACUGGCUCAGAAAGAAAAGAGAGUCAUUACGAAUAAAUUAAAAAAAGUCAAGACUCUUGGAGAAAGUGAUUCUGAUGACGAGAGUGCAGUAGCCUGGGUGAAGAAAAAUAGAAAAAUUAGCAAAGAAAAGUUACUGGCUGAAAAACGGGCAAAGAUGUUGGAAGAAAUGGAUCAAGAGUUUGGUAUAAGUGGUCUUUUAGACCAAGAAUUCCAUGAUAAAAGCAAGGAUUAUACAUCUAAGGACUUAACAGGACUCAAAGUGGAGCAUAAACUUGACAAGUUUCUGGAAGGAAAUAGUGUUAUUCUCACACUGAAGGACAAAGGUGUACUGGAAGAUGAGGAUGUGCUUAUCAAUGUGAACAUCUUGGACGAGGAAGUUGCGGAGAAGAAUCUGAAACACAAGAUGAAAAAGCCUGAAUAUAAACCGUAUGACGAACCACAGUUUGAUGAAUACGGACAGCUUCAGACAACAAAUAUAUUGGACAAAUAUGAUGAAGAUGUUGAUGGCAACAAAGCAAGACAAUUUUUCCAAUUAGGAUCUGGCGGUGCCUAUGAUGCAACAGAAGAUAACCAGAUAGAUAGGAUCCGGAAAGAACUUCGGGAACAAGGGCAAACAUUGGCAAUGAGUGCACCAAAUCUUACAAGUGAAUAUUACAGUCAUGAUGAAAUGAGUGCUAAAUUCAAGAAAGUGAAGAAAAAGGUUAGGAAGAUAAGAAAGAGAGCAGUCUUGAAAGCUGAUGAUCUCCUACCAUUGCCCGAGGAGGCGAGUCAUCCAGAAAGCGAUUACGGUUCAAGACAACGAGGUAAAGGGUGGAUCAAGGAAGAAUCGGAGAAUGGUUGUCAGGAUGGUGAAGUACUGACAGAAGAUGGCCAGCCAAUGGACGUUGAUUCGUACCAGAGUAGGCCUGACCAAGAAGACAUCGUCCCACUGGUGAAAUCUGAACCUAACAUUGAGAUGCCGUCCAUAAAGUUUGAAGACUCGGCUAUGGAUGAUAUUCUUGGUCCAGAUGAAGAUCUCACUGGGGUAGUGGUUGAUGAUGAAGUAGAAAAUGAAUUACAUUCUGCCUUAAGUAAAGCCAGGCGCUUGAAGCAGAAGAAAAAGAUAAAACCACCAGAUAAGGUUGUGGAAGAAGUAAUAUCUCAAAAUGAACCUUCCACAACAGAUUCCACUGUGAAUGCCAACGGGUCAACGAUCAUUUUAAAUUCUACAUCCGAGUUCUGCCGCAAUCUUGGAGAAAUUCCAACAUAUGGACUUUCAGGAAACCGAGAUGAAAAAAGAGAGGAGAUAAUGGACACAGAGCUGGAACUGCUGGAGCAAGAGAGACGGGAGCAGGAGAUGGAGGAGAUGACAAGUGGAUGGAACGAGGUGGACAUUGACACAAAGCCAGUUGACAUUGUGGGAGAGGAGACAUCUGUAUUAGAAGAGGAGCCAAUUGUAGCAGAUGGCGUCGGUGCAGCAUUGAAGUUAGCCGAAAGAAAAGGUUACCUUGUGAAUGAAUCUAAGAAGCAUACAAGUGCCCCAUCACACAGUCACCUGGCAGCCAAGCAUUACUCUAUAGAAGAUAAGCGAUACGAUGAUCUCGAUGAAAAAUUCCGCAAACGUGAACGGUACCAUGGUGGUGGAAUUGUGUCAGAGUUCCGUGAGAAGGAAGGGUACAAGCCGGAAGUAAGACUUCAGUAUGUUGAUGAUUCCGGGAGGUCGAUGAACGCCAAAGAGGCUUUCCGACAACUGUCUCACAGAUUUCACGGCAAAGGGUCAGGGAAAAAGAAAACAGAGAAGAGACAAAAGAAGAUUGAAGAAGCCAAUUUAAUGAAGCAGAUGAGCUCCACGGACACUCCACUGAACACCCUGUCCUUGUUAAAAGAGAAGCAGAAGGCAGAGAAGUCGCCAUUUGUUGUUCUCAGUGGCAACAAAGGAUUUACGGCAAAUACAAUCACCAAAUUCUAGCUAUUCACUGGUAAUGGAGUAGAAGACAGUGCAGUGUCCCCACCCUGGGUGUAGAGUGCAGGUCACAGGUCAACUCCUGACUAACAGUUCCUAGUAUUAUCUGGGGAUCUUAUUCACAAGAUGUUUGGAGUAGAAUACAGUACAAGAAUACAGGCAGUGACCACCAACCUGCAUUUAGUCUGAUAGAUGGAAAAACUAUGAAAUUGAUUGGAUGUGCGAUUCAUAAUUAUAAACAAGUUUCUUUUAUUCAAUGUUUGGAGUAAGAGAUGUUUUCCCCUUAUACAUUCAAAUUAUGUUUCACAAGAAAUUGAAUUACUUUGGGGAAUUUUGAAGAAACACAAUGUGAAUCAACAUUCAGUGGAAAUAUUGAAUGUACUUUGGUAAAUUCAAUAUGGUUUAUUAAAGUAUGAUAUGCAGUGUGGAUAUGCACUCUUCAGUGUGAAUCUUUUUAGAAACUGAAGAAACAGAUUUUGUGGCCUUGAUCACAAACGAUAAUGUGAAUAUUAAUGGUCAUCAUGGUUACGUUGAAAUGUAAUAUGAAUAAUGUGUGAAAAUAUUGAAUGGAAGGUGUCACUGAACAUUUACGGUUAUGAAUGAGAAUCUAUAUUGUAAACUUAAGGGUGAAUGUUGAAUGUUAAAACUCUGAAUGAUGAAUAAAUUAAAUUUAAUGGGAA